CAUACUCGGCACAUCGGCUGCGUCCGUUUGACUCGACCCAGGCUUCUUCGUCGUGUUUUUGGAAAGAGGUUCCAUCUAUCCGUUGAAGGGAAGGGCACGAGCAGGGAAGAUGAUGGCUCCGGUGCCGCUGAAAUCGGCCAUGACCAUCAGCACCGCGGAGGACACGUCGCUCGCGCUGCCUUCUGACAACGCGCUGAGCUCGGGACAGGCGCGCGUGCUGAAUCAAGUGAAGUCCAUCAAGAGGGGCAAGUCUAAACAACUGAAAAGCGACUCCACGUCUCCAUCUCCAACAACUCCAACUUCAGAGGUUUUUGUGGAUUCUGCAACAUUCAAGUUUGCUCCCUUCAAGUCAAAUGGAACCUUCAUCCGCAACAACACUGUGGCGUCAAGCCGAGCGAAGAGUCAGAGGAGUCGCACUUUAUCUACUAAGUCCAUUGGAGGAAGACAUGCCAGCAGCUCAGCAGCAUGGGAGUACAAUGUCAACACCUCCAACUGGCCCCAGAGUCCCAAUGGGCUGAAACCAAGUCGCAGUGACCCUACCCUGGCUCCUCCAUUGUCUGCUGCUCCUACUCCUGCUCUUGCACCUGCACCUACCAUGAGAGCCAAAGGACAAAGCCAAAACCAGUCUGUCCAAAGCCAGCACACUCGAAUAACUAGAAACACAUACUCCCUGAGCAACGGUCAGCUGACCAACAGCCAGACACGUAUGCGGCCGCCCUCCGCCCAGUCUAACAGUGAGAGCAAGGUGGUUGUCACGAAAUCCACAAAGAUUGAGCAGCAAUCAGCAGUGAACAGUGUUUUGAACAUACCAGACCUGACCCUUAAGGAGGCCGUCGAGUACCUGUCUCACCCUGAGGAAAAUUUCCAGCAUUGUGGAGCUACCUACAUCCAGCAUGCCACCUUCAAAGAUGAGAGCGCAAAGGAGGAGGUUUUCGAACGAGGCGGUAUUGCUCCUUUGGUGGGCCUACUGCGCAGCCCCAAUCCUGGGGUUUGCCAGGCUGCUGCUGGGGCCCUGAGGAACCUGGUCUUCAAAAACCAGAAUAACAAGGUCGAGGUUCAGCACUGUGGUGGUAUAGCUAAGGCCCUACAGCUUCUGAAGGAGACUACUUCUACUGAGACCCACAAACAAAUCACAGGCCUGCUGUGGAACCUGUCUUCUGCUGAUGAGUUGAAGGAGGAGCUUAUAGCGACAGCACUGCCUGCCCUGACUGACAACGUGGUAGUGCCGUUCACCUGCUGGUCAGACAACACUGCCAACAACAACAUACACCCUGAUGUGUUCUACAAUGCUACAGGGUGUUUGCGGAACCUGAGUUCUGCACAGAAAAAGGAGAGGGAAGCUAUGAGAAACUGCAAUGGCCUCAUUGACUCCAUCAUGAGUUACGUUCAGUCCUGUGUGGCAGAAGAAAACCCAGAUGACAAGUCUGUGGAGAACUGUGCGUGUAUCCUCCAUAAUCUGACGUACCAGCUGGAGGCUGAGGCCAAUGAGUGCUUCGCCAAGUACUACCCAGAGGAAGAGACCAGUAAGAAAGCCACGAAAACCCCCACAGUUGGAUGCUUCAGCCCCAAGAGCAGCAAGGUUAAAAAGGCGUUUGCACUUGAUGAGAAGAUGGACACUGCCCCAUCAGGUGUGAAGUGGUUGAGCGACCCCAAAAUUAUGCAGACCUACCUGACACUGCUGGGGUCAGCGCAGAAAGAGGGCACCCUUGAAGCCUGCUGUGGUGCUCUGCAGAACCUCACUGCAAGUGGAAACCUGGGGUCCAAUGCCAUUAGCCAGAUUCUGGUUCAGAAGUUAGGGGUUCUGCAGCAGAUCAUCCCUUUAUUAAAGUCUUCUAACCAGAAUCUGCAGAAGGCUGCCGUAUCCCUGCUGGGUAACCUGACUCGGACCACCUGGUUGCAGCCCACCAUGGCAAAGCCGAUGUUACCUGAACUAGCCAGCAUUUUCACUUCUGGACCCCGCGCAAUGGGAAACUCUGAUGAAACUAUAGCAACAGCUUGUAACACACUAAAGGGUCUGAUGUUGGCGGACACUGAGUCUGCCAAGAAGGUGAUGAAUGAGGAACUGGUCACAUCACUGCUUGAUCUGAGUGAAGAAAGUUCUUACCCCAAAGGUAGCAAAGCAGCAUCCCUUUUGGCCUACAGCAUGUGGAAUGACAAGAAUCUGCAAGGACAUGUGAAAAAGCUUGGAUACGCUAAAUCAGAAUUUAUCAAUGACAAUACCAUAGCAGCAUUCAAGUCCAUUCAAAUAAUCGACUAAGAGUACUGGACACGUGGAACAGCUCGAUGAAGACGCAGAGGUACGACUGUCUUCUGAAACGUAUCUGAUUUCAGGACUAGAUGGGACUAAAAUGUGCAGCUUCAGUAUCAUAAAGGGUUCAAACUUUAUUCUGUAUGUUUUUUUUUUCUGUUUUUUUUGUGACUCUUUUCUAGCAUAUGUACAUGCUUCCAGAUGGAAACUAACAUGUUGAAACACUGCAGUGGCCACACCCCUGCAAUGAGGAGAGUAAAACCACAUAUAUAAUAAGAAUAGAUUAAUUUAGAAUGAGUCACUUAUACAUUGUUUAUAGUCGAGAGGAAGUUGUGCUUUCGUGUAGUGCUUUUAAUGUCACAUGUAAUCCUGAGAUGUAUGUAUUUAAUUUGGAUAUGUAUUUGUCUGUAUAUAAAUGUUAAUUGCUUGAGCAGGAAUUGCAGUUCUUCAGGUCAGAGAGCUACACCAUGUGUUGUAGAUAGACAAUGUUAUCUACUGGGAAAUGUUACUGGAAGCAUAAAGUGAUUAGUUAGAACUGUCAAAUGUGUCUGUAAACAAACAGUUAAUUUGACCUUCAUAACUAAGCUGCCAAAUAUGUAAGCAGUAUGAAAAACCGCAAAAAAAAAGAUGUGUGUGUUGAGGGUGCUGAUACUGUUGGAUGGAUUCUUUUCGAUGCAAAGACCCUGUGCAGGUUUUAAGUAGAAGUAUGCAAAAGUGGAAAUAUAUAUUUUCUUGCUUAGUUCAAGUUUUAUAGUAUUUUUCUUUUUCUUUUUUUUUCUUUUUUUUUUUUACACCAAAUGUACAUACAGUAUAUUGAGCACAGCAAUAAGUCACAUAACAGUCUCACAAUUCAACAAAGCAAAAAAAAAAAAGAAAGAAAAAUGGAUUUUCAAGCCACACAGAACUACUUUGCAUAUUUUUUUUAAUACACAAUAAUU